CCGAGAGGCGCGCGCUCUGUUCCGCCGGUUGCAGUUUAGGUUGCACAACGCGCGUUUAUCUACUCGUGACGCCGUACCGGUUGCGACCCGAUUCCCCAAGUGCGAAUAAAUAAAUAAAUCAAACAAAAAUUAUGGCUGCUGCUAACGCCGCGAAGAGGCUCAUUCCUCUUUUCGACCGAGUUCUGGUGCAACGAGCCGAGGCUGUGACCAAAACGAAAGGUGGUAUCGUGCUUCCAGAGAAAGCGCAGGCCAAAGUCCUGAGAGGCACAGUCGUGGCAACAGGACCCGGAUCGAGGAACAACAAAGGAGAGCAUGUGCCUUUAACCAUUAAGAUUGGAGACGUCGUGUUGCUUCCCGAAUACGGUGGCACGAAGGUUGAACUCGAGGACAACAAGGAAUAUCACCUGUUUCGCGAAUCGGACAUACUGGCCAAAGUAGAAGUUUAAGUUAAUCCUUCGAGUCUUUUAUGUUCUCAAUUUUGUAAAUUGUAAUUUCGUUGACUGUUCAUCAAUUUGCAAAGCAAAGGCUGUACGCAGAAGUUUCACAAACAACAAGAAUGUUAUCUGUUUAUCAGCUUGAUAUACACAAAGACUUUCUUUUUUUUUUUUUUAAAUCUAUUGGUGGUUGAAGCGCGCCGUUGUUUCUCAUGUACAUAGCCACAUACCAUAGUUUUCUGAUAAAAUAAAAAAAAAAAACAUUUGUCUACUGUA